ACAGGCAGAAUGACGACAUCAUCGAUUCCCGACCGUUGGGCCAGUGGAGCACGCAGCACAGCAAAGUACAGCCGGCGUGUUAGCUUCAACAUAGCGGUGAUGAUCUGUCUACUUUCCAGAUAACCUGCAGCCACACCAAAAUGACAGACUACGCCGAAGAGCAAAGAAAUGAACUUGAAGCGAUAGAGUCCAUUUACCCAGACUCUUUCACAGUGCUUUCAGAUGAUCCCACCAGCUUCACUAUCACAGUCACAUCAGAUGCUGGGGAAAAUGAUGAGACUGUGGAAGCAACAUUAAAGUUCACAUAUGUAGAGAAAUAUCCAGAUGAGCCUCCGCUGUGGGAGAUACACUCCCAGGAGAAUCUGGAGGACAGAUAUGUGAACGACAUCCUUACCUUACUGCAGCAUCAGGCAGAAGAAAACCUGGGCAUGGUGAUGAUUUUCACGCUGGUGACAGCCGUUCAGGAGAAACUCAACGAAAUUGUGGAUGUGAUGAAAAACAGA